AUGGUUUCCUGUUUCUCUUCCCAGCUUCGCAAGCUUGCUCCCGAUACUGCAGAUGAAUUUGAUCAACUCAUCACACCAAACUUUAGUAACAGCGAUCCAUACCCUGCAUUUAUAAAACGCCACCGCACCCUUCUUGAUCUACAGAAGGCUUACCCGUUAGUCAACAGUCUUGACCUAGGACAAUUUUUGACUGCUGUGGGGUGCAUUCAGCCGCGCCGCUACUCUAUUGCAUCUUCUCCUUUGGCUCACCCUAAAGAAGCACAUGUUGUAGUAGGUCUGGUUGACGAUGUCGUGAAUGGGUUCCACUACUACGGGCUUGGUUCGUCUUAUCUCUAUCGAUCCAACGGAGUGUCUAUCAGGGCAUCUCUAAAGUCGUCCAAGGGUGUUUUUGAGCUUCCGUCUGACCCAAGUGUGCCUAUAGUUAUGAUUGCAGCCGGUACCGGUUUAGCUCCCUUUCGAGGAUUCCUUCAAGAGCGAGCGGCUCAGCGUGCACAGGGUGUGAAGACAGGAUCAAGUAUUCUUUUCUUUGGAUGCCGUCAUCCUGAACAGGACUACAUUUUUUCAGAUGAGCUGGACCAAUAUGAAAGAGAUGGGGUUCUGUCGAGACUUUAUGUUUCCUUCUCUCGGAAUACUUCUUCUCGUCCUACUGCCGUCAGAUAUGUUCAGCAUCAGUUGCUGGCCCACUCCUCCGAAAUCUGGAAUCUGGUGAUGCCGACCACCAAAAAGGAUUCAAAGCCUGCACAUAUAUAUGUAUGUGGCGGAGGUGCAAUGAGUCGUGAAGUACGCCGUACAUUCUACACAAUGGCCACAUAUUUUGGUGAGACUCAAGACGACCAAGAAGCCAAGCUUCUUAUACAAAGCUGGAUAGAUUCCAAGCGAUUCAAUGAAGACGUCUGGGGCUAG